AUGACGAGCUUUCACAGCUGCAAGGUUUUGUUUUCUAUUUCCUUUUACAUUCCUUAAAACUGUUUUUUUUAUUAAUUUUUUUAUUCUAUUUUUUAAUUUUUAUUUAUGCUGAAUUCCAGUCAAUCUACCUGAACAUCUAUUUGUUACAGGGAACGCAUGACAAUUACCUCAAAAAUGCCAUUUCUCCAGGUUACACUGUGCGUCAGCCUACCGCCUGUCUGACUAGCUCGACUGAUAAUACAAGUUGAUCAAGUACAAGCACGUGGUAUUCUUUGACAUACUGUGGUCAUUCGCAGACUGUAGUGCAUGUUUUACGGAAGACCUGACACACGGUAACAAGAUGAUCAGAGUUUCAAGGAAGACAAACAAGGUCUUAACUUCCAUGUUACUGAUAGUCCUUCUAGGGGCUGUGUAUCUCUUUCAAGACUUUGGUGAACCCAUGGACAUGUACCUCAAAGAAGAUGUACAAAAGGUUCGCAGAUCCUCUGCGAAUGUAAGCUCCUUUAUAAAAUGUGAACGGAACGUGGAAGCUGCCAAGUCCCCGGGCUUCAGUAUGCUUUCUGUAGACUUUCAGAACUUUCUUUAUUACCGCCACUGCCGCAGUUUCCCCAUCAUACUGGACGUCCCCGACAAAUGCGGAGGAGUUGAUGAACCUGAAGACGUCUUCCUUCUGCUCGUCAUCAAAAGCUCCCCCAUCAACUACGACCGCCGAGAGGUGCUUCGCAAAACCUGGGCCAAGGAGAGGUUGCACAAGGGCGCACAGAUUCGAAGGAUCUUCAUCUCGGGAACAUCAAGUGACCAUUGGGAGAAAGACCGACUGAACAAACUACUCCAACUGGAGCACCAGCAAUACAAUGACAUCCUCCAGUGGGACUUCAACGACUCAUUUUUCAACCUCACUCUGAAGCAGGCCCUGUUCUUCGAGUGGAUGGCAAACAACUGUCCCCACGCUCGCUUCCUUCUGAACGGGGACGACGACGUCUUCGCGAAUACAAACGGCAUGGUUGAGUAUCUCCAAGGCCUCCAAAAUAACACCGGAAACAAGCACCUCUUUACCGGCCACCUGAUCACAAAUGCGCAGCCGAUUAGGUGGCAACAGAGCAAGUACUUUGUUCCGCCUCAGGUGCACAAGCCAAACAUGUAUCCCCCUUACUGUGGAGGUGGGGGCUUCCUUCUGUCUGGCCACACAGCUUUAAUCAUUAACAAAAUGUCCCAGUCGAUUCCCCUUAUUCCUAUUGAUGACGUUUACAUUGGGAUGUGCCUGGACAAAGCAAAACUUGCACCUCAAUCUCAUAUGGGUGUGAAGACACUAGGAUGGGGAUUUCCCUCUAGAAAUAUAGACGUCUACCACCCUUGCUACAUGAGAGAACUGCUCUUGAUACACAAAUUCAACCCUGGUAGGAUCUAUAUUAUGUGGCUACAAGUAAAUGACCCCAAUCUGAAGUGUGGUGUCAGCAGGCCAACGGGGGAGAACGAAACUGCAGGUUUUAUUUGAUAAAAAAAGGUCUUGCAGCGCUCGGUCAACGGUGGCUGUUGUCAGGUAGAAAGAGUCGGUGUGACCCUCUAAAUGAAGUUAUUUUUUUCUUUCUAAACUAUUUCUUAACUUAACUGGUAGUGCUGGUUCGCAAGCCUCAAAGCCAAUUAUAGAAAUUGACAGAAUGCAAAGGAAUUUGCAGAUUUUUCUUCUGUCUGUUUGGUUGGCUGAGUGUCUCUGUUAAACACUGCUGCAGGGUCGUAAGCUACAAUACAUCCCUUUUCCUCCAGGCCCUGCCUGCAGGCUGCUGACCAUCAAAUAGAGACAUGCUCAUCUGGCUGAGUGAAAGGCCUGACGGGAAGUUAUUUCUGGUAUUCUGUUUCUGAUACACAUGCUGAUGCAAAUGCACAGCACAUCUGGACACUACAUUUAUGUUCAGCUGUACUGUCAGAUAGCAUAGAAAGCGUGCUCAUGUUUAGAACACAUUAUUUGCAUUAACAAAACCUCAUGGUAUGAUAAGAAUCGCAAUAGCACUGAGCGUAAAACACAGCUAGUGUACAUGUCUGUUCUUAAAUCAACAUAAACCAAAAUAUUGCUCAAAUCAGAGAGCUGGACCGAUAACAACACAAGUCACCAACGCACAACUGAUCUCAUGAUGGGACGAGAUCAAGAAAGCAAGUGGGAUUCUUCCUGUGAACACCAUUAACAGUACUACCAGAGAGACCACUACCUAUGUUGUGUUUCACUGCACACCAAAAGUGGGACAGAGCUACAGAUUGACAUCCACAGAACUGCUAUGGCACGGCUUAAAUUUAAUUAGAGGCGGUAAAAAGUGGGGAGAGAGGACACACAGAAAGAAGAGACAACUUACAUAGUGUUUGGAUGGAUUCCUUCUCUUCUGCACGUCCACAACAUUAACGUCAAGGACAGUGCGGAACUGCAUCUUGACAGACCACCAACAACAGAAUUUGCACCACUACAAAAGGCACAAACGGAGACGUUCACUCAUGAAAAAAAAAAAAGAAAAAAAAACGGACAACCAAAAAUCACAAGCAACACUCAAGGAAAAGCGAGGUUGGGAAGCAAGAAAUAAAAGAAGACUCCGGACUCAGGCUUUAGGAGCAUCCAUUAAAUGGUGUUGUCAGACGGUCUCGGAGUUUCUGAACUCCUUGUGAAACAUGACAACGCAAUAAAACUGGCGUUUAAUCAGACUUCUCCUCCCUCCGGAGGGGCUGCACCGCAGCUGCACAGAGGGGCAGUACGAGGCAAAAUGUGCAGGGCGGUCCCACCUCAGCUGGCUGGACACUUCAAGAACAAAGGGGUCGAACUACUUGGGACUAUUUCUUGUUUUCCUUCUGUAACAUUGUACCAAAGCACACGAGCUCCAAAAAUCAAACAAACAAAAAAAACAAACAAAAAAAAAACCCAACACAAUCUGCUCGGCACACAUGCCGAAAAGACACACGUUCAUUUGUAUAAAAUGUGAAUGGAAAAGGGAAUUGUAUUGUUUACUGCAUUUUAUUGUUUAUCAUUUUUCCAACAAAAGACUGCCAAAACCAAACACAUCCCGACGGUUCUUCUUCAGAAAAGCAAUAGAGGAGAAUAUCUUGGUGGUAGUGAAUAACUGCACUCUAUACAAGUGCUGUUUUUUUUUUUUUAACUUCACGAAGACGCUUGUUUGACUUGUACUCAAGAUUUCCGACUACACUUAAACGCAGCAUAAACUAAAUGACUUUGCUCCCUCCUAGUGGAAGAAACCCGAGCAUGGAGGUGAAGAAGACGAUAAUAUUUAGUCCCUUUCUCCACAUGGGGGAGCUACACAACACACACUGCAAACAAUGUUUAUUACUACACCCUCUUAAGACACUUCUACUAAUUUUAUUUGUACAUAAUAAAAAAAUAGUUUAUUAGAAAGCUACAUGUUUACAUACAGUUAUUCAGAUUCAUGUUUCAUAUGCAGUAUUGUAUGGUCGGCAAAAUAUAUGAUUUGUCACAAUGUUUUAAUAACUGUGACCCUACAGUAUAAUAUAAAACAUUUCUGCAUCACGUUUUACGUUUAAGUAGCUACCUCUUUAACCCAUUUGUACAUUUUAUAAUACUAGUUUUGCGUUGUACUAAAGUAGUUUUAUGUGUAGUUCCUAAUCAGAAAAGUGUUUUAGUCGUUGUUAUUGUGAUAUUGGUCACUGUCAUUUGAAUGUUUUCCUACUGUUCACUUUUUUUUGUUGUUGUUGUUGUUGUUAUAUUAUAAAAAUAUAUAUUAAAAUAAAAAGAAAAAAAAUAGCAGCAUA